CGGAACCGGCCUUCUGUAGAUCAGAUCCGAUCGAAGAAACACGAACGGAGGAAGAGCAAGAAACGGUCUUCUGCCCUAAUUCAUUCCGCUCGGAGACGACACCGCCUCCGACGAGGUAAAUCGGCAUCGAAGAUCCAUAGAUAGAUAGAUACCGAGUUCUAUCAUGGGAGGUCAUGGUGGGCUUAAUAUUCUUCCGCAGAAGCGGUGGAAUGUGUACAACUAUGAGAACAGAGAGAAAGUCCGGCGUGAUGAGGAGGCUGCCGCAAAGGAAGAGCAGCUCAAGCGCGAGCAGGCAAGGAAACGGGACGCCGAGUUCCGCCUCGAGCAGCUUCGCACAGCCCGCGGGCUAGCUCCACUGGAGCAACCCUCGGGACCACUCGAGACCGACAAGAAUCCAGGCCAUAUUAAUCUCUUCGAGGGGAUCAGGAUCUUCGACCCGGUGAAGGUGUCUGACCAUGAUUCGGGCGAAGGGAGGGAUGGGUCCAAGAGGAAGAAGAUGAAGAAGGAGGAGGCACCGAGGACUGUGACGGCAGAGGAUGAGAAGUAUAGGUUGGGAUACGGGCUUGUGGGGAAAGGAGUUAAGCUGCCUUGGUAUCUCGAGAAGAGAGGGGACGAUGAUGAACAGGUUGAGAGAGCUGAAGUGGAGGGACCUUCGAGUGGGUCGAUGUCGAAGGACGAAGGUAGGAAGAAGAGUGGAAAAAAGACGCUGGAAGAGCUGAGGGAGGAGAGAUUGAAGAGGGAGAAGAAAGAGAAGGAGAGAGUACGAGAACUCAUGCUCGGAAACGUCGGGAGAGAUGGUAGUCGUGGGAAUGCGUCAAAGGGUAGAGGAUUUUCGCGGAAGUGAUCCUGUUGAAUAUGAAUCUAAUCGGCACUUACGGUAUCCAUCAUUGUUGUACUCGAAUAGAACUCAGGAUCACAUUUCACGCAUGAGAGUGAUUCUCUCCAUCUUGUAAGUAUGUGAAGAUAGAUGUAUGAUCAGUGAAUUUUUCGACCAAGUUGAAUCAUGCCAUAGCUGGCUAUUUCAUGCCC